ACGCUGCACGCUAAAGUUGCGCAUUCAUUCUUCGACACCGUGUGAAACGUAGUGCUUUUGUUCCCAUACAUCGUGCGGAAACAUCGUCAAGCCAUGGAAAUCAUCCACGUGUCAAAAAACCAAGAACUAAGGAUACUCAAACCCCGAAGAUCCCUCGAAAACAACAACAACCUCCAACAAGUAAACUCCGUCAAAAAAUGCCUUUUCGGCGUUCCCGACGCCCAAGACAUCGAAGCCUUCCUCAAAGAGCAAAUCAAAGAAGACUGGGAAAGAAUCCAAAAUCGCUUCGGCAUCAACAUCGAGGACGUCGAAAACAUGGAAAACGAAAGACUGCAAGCCCUCACGCCCAAAAAACGCAAAACCGAAUCGAGUAAAAGCAAAAGGACCAACAACUCAAAAAGACGGCGACUGUUCCAGCAACCCUACAGCACCGACAGGAAAAUCACAGAUUUCUAUCAGGUCAGGAAGGCCACGCAUCCUGAGAAGAAAGACACGAAUCAAUAACCUGUAGGUGCAUUAGGAUAGUUGUGAUUAUUGAAGACUUAUUUUAUUAUGUAUAUAUUACAUAAUUGUGAUUUUCUUAUUGUUAUUUACCAUGCAGCAUUUAAUCCAAAGCUCCUUAGGUAGAUAUAGAGGUAUUGCCGUUUUAGUCUAGUCCAUCAACAAUUGGGUCAUCACAUUGUAAAUUUUCUUAUCUUAUUAUCAUAAAAAUUUUGUAUAUAGAAAUAAAAUUAUUUAUUAUGAUAA